AUGACGACUCCUCGCACUCCCGUUCAGAGGUCUUCAUCGAACCGACAAAUGCUUUCACCAGCAAUGGCGCAUGGAGAUGAUGACAUCGAACCACAGGCCACUCCACUCUCAGACCUAGUUACACCAGACACCGAAAGAGAACGAUCUCGGAUGCUGCUAGCGCAAUUUUAUGGCUCCAUGAUGUCGGAUCAGGACGGAGAGUUUGCAUCAUCAAGUGCUGCCACCCCUGUGAAUAACAAGCAAGUUUUUGAUACGAGUGAUUUAGACAGCAGUCAUUUCAAUCCUGAUGAUUUUCUGAAGAAGACUAUAACAAACAAGUCUGUCGAUGAACUAUUGGUUCAAGAGGACUCUCUUAAAAAACAAACAAAGAAGCUUGAUACGUCACUUCAAAUGUUAGUCUAUGAGAAUUAUAACAAAUUUAUCACAGCUACAGAUACUAUUAAAAAGAUGAAACAUCAUGUGGAAGGAAUGGAGGAUGAAAUGAAAAGUCUUUUGCAAAAUAUGGACAAAAUCACAGGUUGUUCGGAAACUAUUAAUUCAAAUCUUCAAAACAAGAGAGACAAAAUUGAAAGGCUCUCAAGUGUGAACAGAACUUUGAAGAAGAUGCAGUUUUUGUUAGAGCUUCCUACGAGAUUGAAUGAAUGUAUCGAAAUGAAGAAGUACAACGUGGCUGUGAAAUAUUUCUCUAUUGCCAACAAAAUAUUUACCAAGAAUGCCAAUCUCUCUGGUUUCAAAAAUAUUGAAAAAGAAUCCAAUGACGUAAUUCAAAAGAUGAAAGAUACGAUUGAAAAAGAUGUAAUGAACAUUACAGACGAUAAUGAUCCUCGAGUUCAAGAUUAUUUGAAAAUUUUAAUCGAUUUAGAAGUUCCUAUUGACAGAGUGAGAGAUGCUUAUUUGAAGAUUAGAGCCGACUAUUUGAAAAAUCAAAUGGAAAAGGUGAUGCAAGAAACAGAGAAUAGUAGAUAUACAACAACGAAUGAUCGUGUUAAAUCUCUGAAUACUUGCUUCCUGAAGGCUAUCCAGACAUACUACUACACUUAUCAAAUGACUUUCCUUACAAAUGAUCCAAAGAUUAGAAAACAAACUACGGCUGAGCAACUUUCAAAAGACUUUGUUGAAUGGACAAAACAACUAUUUAUCUCAUAUUUUGAACACAUCAGAAUUUUACUUCUCAAGUCUCAAACAACCAAUGAAGAUUUGAAGGCAGCUUUAAAAUCGUUUUGCAAUGAGUCAGUUGCAUAUAUCAAUGAAAUUCCAAACAACAAAUUGCAAGACAGAGUUUAUAACCUUGUUGGAGAUACUGUCAUGACCUUCUUAAUUAAGCAGAUGGACACAGUCAAGCAAAACACUGAACAAAAUUUACAAAAGCUUGCUGAAACUCCAGAGACAACUAAACCACAUCAAUUGACAAAGAUCAUUGAGGAAACCAUUCAAAAUUUGAAAAAAGAUUUGGAACUGGGACUUAAUAAUUACCAACAGUUUAUUCUUGCAGAAGAGGAGGUUGCUAGCCCUUUGGCAUGGGUCAUGCAAUUCAAGGAUAAAAUAUUUAAGAACUGGAUCAAGUCCAUGUGUGUAGAGUUUAUCGAUUCAUUACUUUUGACGUGCAAAGAUUUUGGAACGCCUCACAGUAGAGUUGCCAUUUUGACACCAGAGCAAUUCAAAGUACGUAAGGUGACGUCUGUAGGAGCACUAUUACUUGCCAAACUUUGUACAAAAUUACCAUUAAGAGAUUUUAAGCAAUUGCUCCGAGAAAAGUUUACUGCUCUUGACACAAACGCUCGAUCUAAAAAUCGUGAUAUUGAUGAGGAUGAUACUCUGUUCAACAUUGAGAAUAUGGAACUCAGAAUCAAAGAAUGUAGCUCGCAUUUGAUUGUAUAUUAUGUGGAAAUUCAAGCAAGAAAUGUUUCAAAGGUCAUACGGACAGGAAUGGAGACCCAUAACUGGUUAGAAACAGAUGUACCUAGAGAUGUCAGGCAUGUGAUCAGAGUCACAGUGACCGAUCUCAUCAGUAUUAGAAACCAACUCAUUGAAAUGUUUCCACCAAGUCAAAUUCAUGACAUUGAUCCAGAAAAGAGUGAUUCUGGUCGAAGCGGUAGAAGUACACGAAGUGCUGGAGAGUCAUCCUUCACAUAUGGAGCUUUCAAUUCAGAAUCUUCUUCCAUGAAAUAUAGCCAAAGCUCUGAAGUUGUGAAAGACGUCAUGAGAAUAUUCAACAAGAAGUUAGCUAACUUUACCAUCAAAAUGCCAAGAUAUUUCCAAAGAGCUGGUGAUUCUAGUUUCAGUGGCAAUGAAAUCUUGACAGAAAUUGUUAAAAUUGUGGUCAAGACUUUGGAGGAAUGUGUCAGAAGCGUGACCUUUGGUAAGAAUGGGUUCCAACAGUUACAAGUGGAUAUUGCAUUCAUGCAACAAAAGUCAGUGAACCUCAUUGAGGAUAAAUCCUUCCUACCCUCUCUCAUGCAAGAAGUGAUGGCAAGUUGUGCAGAAAGAUGUAUUUCAGCCACACCUCUCGAAAGUACCAUUGUUCAAUCCAUCAUUAGCAAAUACAUGACCGAGGAUUCAUCAGAUUCCAUCAGCAGUAAGCAAUAA